AAGUCUUCCUUUCUUCACCAUCUCCACUUUCUCGCACAGUCCUCCUCCUCUUCCUUCUUUCCCAUUAAUCUAUACUCCAAACCGUUGCCGACCCACUACUGUACAGGAAAGAGCUCAGAAGCUCGCAAGCUCCUUGUCGUUCAUGGCGGAUCUAACCUCCCCCUCCAAGGCCCACUCCCCAACAAAGCCCACAAUGACCUCCAUCACCACCACCACCACCACCACCACCACCACCGGUGGCUUCCUCCUCAAGUCGCUCCUCUGCGCCCUCUUCCUCUUUGCCCUCCCUCUCUUCCCUUCCGAGGCUCCCGCAUUCCUCUCCCACACUCCCUUCACCAACCUCUGGGAGCUCCUCCACCUCCUUUUCAUCGGCAUUGCCGUCUCCUACGGCCUCUUCAGCCGCCGGAAUGCCGACGACCCCAUCCAAGCUUCCGGCUUUCCCGACCCCAACUCCUCCAGAAUGGAGAACCUCCUGUCGAUUUUCGAUGUCGGGUGUCAUGAGAAGGGACAACUUCAGCUUCAGCUUCAACGUUGGGAUUCCGGGCAGGCUCAAGGUGAGACCUUUGCGUUCAACGAGAAACCGAAGACGAAUUCUUUUAAUUCCGGAAAUUCUGUUGAGAUCCCGAGCGGGUAUGCGGAGAAUACCGAGAUUCAGAGCUGGAACUCUCAGUACUUCCAGUGCCAGCCAAUGAUUGUGGUAGCUCACCCGAACUAUAGUCCCAAAGAUGACGUCGAUAAUAAGCCUCUAGGGUUACCUGUUAGGAGUCUAAGAUCGAGUACUGCAGGGCCUGCUAGGACUAGACCUAGGACUAGAAGCGGCUCGUGUUCUAGUUCGGGCUCUGGAGAUUCUUCCAUUGGAUCGGAUGGUUGUAAAAAUGGAAACUUUGGUGAAGUGGGUCCUUUGAAUCUGGAGGAGAAGUUCGAUGAGACGGUUUCACUGCCUUCCCCCAUUCCCUGGGGUUCGAGAUCGGGAAGGAUGGAUACUAGAAGGGCCUCGAGGCCUACUGCCCUUAAACUGCCUCUGCAUUCUCGUCAUCUCUCCGUUGAAGAGUCCCAAUUUAGGAAUCCCAAGUCAAGGUUCCUCAGGUCUAAUACAUCUUUUGCAUCCCAUACAAGUUCUGUAUCCUCUUCUUCACCCAAUGAGCAAUCUCCGGUACGUUCUGCAACUCCCGACUUCCUUGAAGUCAAAAUGGAGGAGGUUCGGGAGAAGAACAGGGAUCUACGGCCUUCUGUCACGGCUUCCCCAACUGAUGGUGUUGGCUCGCUCUUUGAUUCGAACUCUUAUGAAUGCGCAAACAGGGUUCCCCUUGAAAAGGGAGUGAAGGUAAAUGUGUGGGAUUGGAAAGACUUUGCCAAAGAUGAAAUACUUGAUUCAUCACAUGCCCAUGAGUAUAGUAAGCAUGCUCAGAGAAAGUUCAGCAAUGAGCUGAAGUACUUGAGCGAUGAUGAUAAACAGGAUAUCUUGAAGAAUAAAGCCCAAGCCCAAGGAUCUCAUCCACGAAAUCGUAUGAAUGGUUCCUUUAAUGAUAGCGAUGGUCCCAUAAACUGCAAGGAGGGUUCCCCGGUUGCAGGUUGGAGCAGCAGGAGAGAGGAUAAUUCUAAUUCAUCUUGCACUGAAGGUUCAAUUCAGGGUUCUUCGAAGCUCAAUCCAAAUCCUCAAAAAGAUAGCAUCAAAGCUUCUUUUAGGGGUAAAUCAGUAAGAACAUUCAGAACGGAUGGGAAAACAAUGGGGAGGGAGAAAAUUGAACAGACUCGUAAAGGCAACACCACUGGGCCAGUACAACAUAAGCACGAUCAUCUCGGACCGUCUUAUCCAAUGAAAGCAAAGGAAUUACAUGCACUUGGCGAUGAGUUUGUCUUUCUGAAUGAAGAUGCUGUUGGAAGAUCAUCGGAUGCGGCAAGGACAAACUCUUCGAACUACCAGAUGCAUGACGAGAAAAAGUUUCAGGAUAUGGAGUCAAUCAACUCCAAGGAGGAGGUUGUGGAGUUGCAAGCAAAGUCCAAGCCUUAUGCAGGGGAUGAUAUUGAUGGCGUUAGCGAUGUAGGGACAGAAGCUGAUGAGGUUGAUAGAAAGGCUGGUGAAUUUAUAGCUAAGUUCCGGGAACAAAUCAGGCUUCAGAAAACGGCAUCUAUUGAUUCGUCAAGUGUUCUAGAUUUCAUGGAAGACCAUUAUCAAUGAUGAAUCAGGAAAAGUCGAGGCAUGCUUAUGGAAUUCUGCCAAGACAUUGGUAGCAUCAGUAAAAUUCCUUUUUCCCCCUUUUUGAGGUGAAUAACUGGUGGCAGAUGUUCGGCUAAUUUUUUUAUUUAUUUGUUUAUACUUGAAGAAAUUCUACACCCUGCUGUUUGUAACCUGUUAUAUGCUGGAGUUCUAUGGGAGGAACAGUCGAAUAUUCAGAGUAAUUUACGGUCAGCAGCAAUUUCAGGCCUUGGAAAUAUCCAACAUUGGAGAUUUCCGGAUCAGGAUUAUGAUUGCAGUUCAUCAUCACUAGAAUGCAUAUAAUCGUGUACAAACUUAUUCGAGUAUUGAGCAUUGGCAUGUCAACUUCAUUCCUGCAUUAUCGUUUGGUAGUUCAUUACCAUUGGAUGAUGGGAUAUUGAUUUAUAUCCGAUGUUUUAGUGUUUGUUGUAC